GCUGCGUGUUUUGGUCGUUCGGUUGGGUAGUGUGGAGCAAUGCCGAGCCGUCCUGAGGAUUACGAGGUGCUCCUUACCAUCGGCGCUGGUUCUUAUGGCAGGUGCCAGAAGGUGCGGCGGCGGGCGGACGGCAAGGUCUUGGUCUGGAAGGAACUUGACUAUGGAUCUAUGACAGAAUCUGAAAAGCAAAUGCUUGUUUCCGAAGUGAACUUGCUCCGGGAACUAAAACAUCCAAAUAUUGUCCGGUAUUAUGACCGCAUAAUUGACAGGACAAAUACAACUCUAUAUAUUGUGAUGGAAUACUGUGAAGGUGGAGACCUGGCGACCCUGAUUGCAAAAUGUACAAAAGAAAGACAUUAUCUGGAUGAAAACUUUGUCCUUCGCGUCCUCACCCAGUUGGCCUUGGCUAUAAAGGAGUGCCACAGGCGGAGUGAUGGUGGUCACACUGUGCUUCAUCGGGAUCUAAAGCCAGCAAAUAUCUUUCUCGAUAGCAAGAAGAACGUGAAGCUUGGUGACUUUGGCCUGGCCAGGAUACUUCACCAUGAUACGAGUUUUGCAAAAACAUUUGUUGGCACACCAUAUUACAUGUCUCCAGAACAAAUAAAUCGCAUGUCCUACAAUGAGAAAUCUGACAUCUGGUCUUUAGGAUGUCUGCUGUAUGAGUUGUGUGCAUUGUCGCCUCCAUUUACAGCCUUUAACCAAAAAGAGUUAGCGGAAAAGAUAAGGGAAGGAAAGUUCAGACGGAUCCCAUAUCGUUACUCAGAUCAGCUGAAUGAACUCAUCACGAAGAUGCUGUACCUAAAGGAUUACUAUCGGCCUUCAGUUGAAGAAAUUCUGCAGAACCCUCUGAUAGCUGAGCUGGUACUGGAGGAACAGGGGAGGAACUUGGAGAGAAGAGGGCGGCGAUCAGGCGAGCAAGAUAAAGUAGAAAGACUUUCAGGAACUCCAGUGAAUGAGCUGAAACUGAAGGAACAACAGCUACAAGAGAGGGAGAGAGCCAUAAAAGAGAGAGAACACAGGCUAGAACAGAGAGAGCGGGAGCUAUGCGUUCGUGAGAGACUGGCAGAAGACAAACUGACUAGGGCUGAGACCAUGUUGAAGAACUACAACUUAUUCAAGGACCAGAGGCUAUUGCUGCCAGCAACAAGCCCAGAUGAUGAAGCGCUGCCCAUCUUUCCUACAAGAAAAAAGAAGGUUCAGUUUGGUGAUGAAAGCAAAGAAAAUGCUCAGUCUGGGGACAGCCUGGAGAAUUUUCCCCUGUCAAAAGAAAAGGGCUGUAAUUUGAAGAAACGUCUCUAUGCUGCUAACCUGCGUGCUCAAGCUCUGUGCGAACUGGAGAAACACUAUCAGUUGAAAAGCCGCCAGCUCCUUGGAAUGCGCUGAAACUUCAUACUUAUGUUGUAUUGUGUACAGAAUUGUGGUUUUUUUAAAUAGUGUGAUUUGAGCUUGUUUCCUGCUGUAUUCAUGAUAAAAAAACUGUAGGAUGGUUUUAAAAAAGAUGCUAAAAUAGUCUUUUAACCUGUAUAUAAAAAUAGUGUGGUAGUCUGUGUGUGGCUCUUAGACAGUUUUGGCGUGCUAGUGUUGCAUUCAUAGAAUGGAUGGAUAGAUUAAACUUUCUGUGAUUACGAUGUGGUUUUAACACUCUAGAUAAAGUUUAAGGAUGCUGCUUCAUCAGAAGAAAGCAUAGACUGCAAAAAAAAAAAAACCCUCAGUUUCUUACUUGCUUUUUCUGCCUUUAACCCUUUUCUUGAGUCCCUGACAUUGGGGCACAUGACACUUGGAAGCUUUACAAGCAUAAUGUUGUACAUAGAACAAUAUGUUAUUUUCUGCUAGCUGAAUUACUCCCAUUGCAGAGUUCUCUGGAAAUUGUUUAAUGGAAAAUUCCUGAUGUUUAAAAAGAUAUCAGAAUUAAAUGUGUAUUG